CAGAAUAAUUGUUUGGUGAAGAUUCAGUUAAAAAUCCGAGCUUGGUUUUCCAAAAGAGCAUGCAUCUUCCAUCUUUCAUCUGUGUUUGAGGAUAGGAUAGGAUGGUGGGUGGUGUAUCUGUGGCGGUGGAGUCGCAGAGUUGCCCACGUUUGUACGUGGAUGCUCUGCCCACCACCCCUAGUAUGAGUGUUUUGUGUCUCAAGAGGAAGCACUUGCUGAGCCUCACCACUUCCUUCGUUCAGAGUCACAGUGUUAAUACAAUUUUCAACAAGCAUUGCAGACACAAGGAGAAGACUAAGAGACUCACUAUUGUCAAUGAGCUCGGUGGUCAAUAUGAGGACACUUUUCAUGAUGUCAAAAAGCAAAUACUCAAUUAUUUCACAUACAAGGCUGUGAGGACUGUUCUUCAACAGUUGUAUGAGAUGAACCCACCUCAAUAUAGGUGGUUCUAUAAUUUCGUUGCAACAAACGACCCAGCAGAUGGGAAACAUUUUAUACGAUCCCUCGCAAAGGAGCAACAUCAACUUGCUGAAAGAGUGAUGAUAACGCGGCUUCACCUUUAUGGCAAAUGGAUCAAGAAAUGUAAUCACGCUGAGAUAUAUCAAGAAAUAUCUGAUGAAAACUUGGAGUUGAUGAGGGAACGGCUCAUGGAAACUGUAAUAUGGCCUUCAGAUGACACAAACACAGAAAAAAUCGGCUGAUAAGUUAGGACUUUCGAUCUCUUCUUUUCCCUUCAGUCUUUUAAUCUUGCCUCUCCCUAGUCUAUCUAGGUUUAAUUUUGGUUUCAAUGGCAAUCUGUAAAUUGUGUAUAUCUCUAUACCUUUCCAUAUACGAUCCCUUAUUUAGAUAGUUUGAAAUGAUGAAGGAUUUACAAUAGCGAUUAAAAAUUUUAGGCAUUUGUUUGAGUGUAACCAAUCGCUAGAAUCUAUUAGCCAUGUUAGCUUCCGAAGUUUAUGGAAAAGUAAAGAAAUUAUCUUUUUUUUCCACA